AUGAUUGAAUAUGACGACAACUACCGCGAGCCAACGGUCCAGGCCGCCGCGUCGAAAGCGCAAGCGCAAGCCCCACCGGCCGCGGUCAUGUCCUGCCUCACCUGCCGGGCGCGCAAGCUCAAAUGCGACCGCGCCCGCCCGAGCUGCGACCGAUGCGCGAAGCUCCAGGAAACGUGCGAGUAUCCCGGCGCCCGCAGGAGACACGUCGGGCCGCGGAGGACUGUUCGGGAUCUGGAAGACCGCAUAUCUAGAAGGCUUGGCCUUGAGGCCAGCACCCUCGGGUCCGCCCAACGUAAGCGACCCUCUCACCGGCACAAAGCGAUUGGCGCCCACACCUCCAACCGGCAGCGAAUCCGCAGCUUCGACAUCAUCACCGAGCCCGAGCUACGGAGUUCGACAGAAAUGAUCCGGUUGGGCUUGUUCGAGCAACUACCCCUUCCGAACUUGACGGACAUUUAUUUCGAAAGGAUGCACCCAGCAUUGCCCAUGAUCCACAAGGCACGUUAUCUCACGUCGAUGAACUUCCCGGCGCAUAUGCGCCCGCCCAUGUGCCUGCAGUACAUCAUCAUGGCUAUUGCGGCGGGUGCAACGGAUACGCAUGCGGCUCAUGCCACCGCGUUGUAUCAGCGCGCACGCGCGUAUGCCGAGGCAGACGAGAUGAAGUCUCUCGGCGGUGAUUUCACCACCGUCGCCCACGCCCAAACCUGCCUGCGCAUCGCGCACAUGCUCGAUCUGCACAAGCUCGACGAGACGGCGUGCCCGCUUAUACCGCACGCGUUACCGCCCCGCGCGAUUGGACCGAGAUGGAAGAGCGCCGGCGGACGUGGUGGGUCAUUUUCUAUCUUUACUUUUCUCCCCGCCUCCGAGCAAGCCUUUGAAACGGGCGUAGAAGAAUCGCAAGGCCACCUGAGAACGGCGCUAGAGGGUAGCUGGCCCGAAUACUCCGCCUUUGCCGGCCGCGUGCUCGUCGCGCAGCUCUUCCACCGCACCCUCGACCACAGCUUCGCCAACUGCGACGCCGGCCGCCGCGGGCCCAUCGACACCUUUUGGCGAGAACACGCCGCCAUCGACGACAACCUCACCCUCGUGCACGCCUUCAUCCCCGCGAGCUCAAGCUCCCCGACUACGCGUGGAGCCCCAGCGCCCUCUUCCCGGUUACCCUCGCCCGACCCGACGCACGGCGAGGCCCAGAGCCAGGCGCGGCUCCUGCCCGCCGCGAAGCAGAUUGUCGACAUCUUUCGCCUCGUGCGCAACAUGCACGCUACGCUGCGGAACCCGCUGCUCGCGUUCGCCGCGUACAUGGCGGGUAUGGCGCUGCUGGAAGAGCUCGUGGUGCACGGGGAUGAGUCGUGCGGCGAGGAUCUUCAGUAUUUGCUGGGUAUCAUGGCGCGGGUGGCCGAGUUCCACGCGGUGGUGAGGUCGGUCGCGGCGCAACUUGUCGAGGAUAUGCGGCAGUGCGGGCUCGUGUUCCCGGCUAUGGAAAAGGUAUGGAUCAAUUGA